GCGGGGGCGCGGGGCUGGACCCCAGGUGAGCGCGGAGCUGGCCGCCCGCCCACCCAGGGUGCGGGAGGGCAGGGGCGGACGGCGGCCCCACCACGGCGAAGCGAGGGGCGGGCGGCUGCCGCUCGGCGGCCCCUCCGUCCUUGGAGCCAGCCUUGCUAGGGCCGGUGCCAACUCAUCGCCUCGCCAAGGGCGGUGCGGGUCAAGUCCCCGCGCCCCGCCAUGGAGAGCGGGAUGCCGCUGUCCGGUGCGCAGCGAGCGCUGAUCCGGGAGACCUGGCAGCGGGUCAGCCGUAGCCCCGUGCAGCAUGGCCUCGUUCUCUUCACCAGGUUAUUUGACUUGGACCCCGACCUGUUACCCCUUUUCCAGUACAAUUGCAAGCAGUUUGCCAGCCCUCAGGAGUGUCUCUCUGCCCCUGAGUUCCUGGAUCACAUCAAGAAGGUGAUGCUGGUGAUCGAUGCUGCUGUGAGCCACCUGGAGAACUUGUCCUCCCUGGAAGAGUAUCUCUACAACCUUGGCAAGAAGCACCAGGCAGUCGGUGUGAAGGUUGAGUCUUUCUCGACUGUUGGUGAGUCCUUGCUGUACAUGCUGGAGAAAUGCCUUGGCACUGCCUUCAGCCCUGACGUGCAGGAGGCUUGGAGCAGACUCUACGGUGCCGUGGUGAAAGCCAUGCGGCGUGGCUGGGACACUCUCCCAGAAGGGGACUAGAUUCUGCCAGCCAUCCCCACCCCCAGACAUGCAGCCAUCCUGGGUAAGGGGGCUGCUUAUGCCAUGCUCUCUGCCUUUCUGCACCUCUGUCUUUCUCUCUGCUCUGUCUCCUCUGUCACUGUGCUUCGGGGUUCUCCCAGUGAUUCUGCCUUGCUUUGACAUGACCACAUCUCUGCUUUUGCCAGGGGCUGGCAGGGUACAUCUCUGCAGCAAAGCCUAGGAGUGCCACAGCACAGGUACACUACCUGGCCUCAAGUCCCUUCAAUCUAGGUGGAGCACCAGUACCUAGGUACCUACUCUGGUUUUUAUCUGGCUUGUCUUCUCUCCUUUUGCUACCCACUUCUUUUGCUAGUCAGACAACAGCUAGUCCUUUCAGGCUUCUCUGCUGAGAUCCUGUUUUCCAUGUUCAAGACCUGCCAGGUCUGGCACUGCUCACUUGGCCUGUACUGCUGUGUCCUGCUCUGCUGUGGAAUGGUGGAUUUGGCUCCCUCCAGAGGUAGGGGAAACAGAAGUGGGAGCUGGCUGUGCUAUGCAGCCAUCCUCUUCAAACCUUGUUUGGAACUUUUCUCCUUGUCCCUUCAGCACCACUGUCACUACUCGAUGGUUAAUCCUGGUACUCUCUUCCACCUUGACUCUUCCCUGGGUGGCAUACAUGACCUUUUGCUUGUGGCAGCUUGACCACAACUCAGUGAGUUUUCUAAGGAUGCUUCAAGCAGUGGCAUCAAGUUAACCUUGAGGUGAGGGUAGUUUUAGCAAAUCUGUGCUGCCAGCUGAAAGGCUUUUUGUUGCUUUGGCUGGUUGCUUUACCCUCAGAGCCAGCUGAAAUGCAGCAGCCGUGGUGGUGCUUUGUUGCUUUGUUUUAAGGACAGUAAGCACGGGAAAAGAUGUUUUAAAGUAAAAAAUGAAGCUUGCAAUCAUGUCAUGGCAACAGCUUCCAGAAAACAUUUUGGCUCCUGACCAGAGGAAGCACAGAUGAAAUUUUUCUGAUGGUACUGUCAGGACCUGGAGCACUUCCCAGCUGCACACAGUGCCCACCUGCAGAACUACUCACCCUCUAUUAAUUCCUACCAGCCAUACUUGAGACCCAGACACUUUGGAGCAGAAUGAAGCAGCCACUUAGGUGUGUGCAGCAGUGCAGUGUCAGGAUAGGAGCGAGACGAUAGAGUCGGCCAGAAGAAAUCCCAGGAAGUGGCUGAGAGGCAGCACCUGAAGGUAGCUGAAUUUGAGCACUUUAGAGGUGUUAAUCUCUAUUGGGAAGUUGCUGCGGGAUAGGCAGAGACACUUUACAACCAUCACUAGCUCCAGGGCAAGGACUUGAGCAAGUUUUCAGUUACAGGCGGUGUAGUAGCCUUUCUAGCUGCUCCUUACAGGCAGGAGGAGCCUGGCAUUGAGAGCUGAGAUGGUUCUGGUCCAGGGACACUUUUCUCCUGCACUCAGAUGUCCUCCUCUCUGGGGCAGAACAGGACUGUCUGCAUAUCACAGCUGCAGCUGAAGUCUCCCAGCCCCAUGCCAUGGAGAGGAUGUUGUGGUGCCCUGUGAGAUGAGGCUUUGAUUCUUUAAGACCAGGCCUGGUGGUGGCCAUGAGCUUCCAGGGAGCAAAGAGCUUUCCAGCUGUUUGAGUGGGGUGUUGUGGAGCAGGCAGUUAAUGUUUUCAAUGAGGAUGCUUGCUGUCCUCUGCAGUGUACAGCAUGGGAUGCAUUCUGGCCCAUGGCUCUUUCCAUCAGCUGGGUCAGGUGAGGGUCCUUCCCAUUUUUGUGCCAGGCAGCAAGGGAUGGAGGAGCUGGGCCUGGGAGGAGGCACUAGCUGUGAUGGCAUGGCACAGGGCAAGAGAGUUUGGGAAUGGGGGCAUCCUGUUUGCAACCCUAUUCUGGAGCAUCAGCCUUCAGCAAUAUAAAGGGGACCUUCUGACAAGCAGGCAGAAGUGUGAUGGGCAGGGUGUGAGUGCUCCUGCUACUGUCCCAAACCAUCCCUGGUCCUUCUGGCUUUCCCAGCUCUUUGACUUCUGCACCAUAUUUUGUGUAACUCCUAAGAGAACUGACCUAGUCUGUGUGCCUCUUACACCUAGCUGUACUGUUCAAUAAAGAACAAGAGUGAGUCUUGGCCA